GCAAUCAAUACGCACCGAGGUCUUUACCAGUUCAACCGUUUGCCGUUUGGUGUCAAAUCAGCUCCCGCGAUUUUCCAACAAAUUAUGGAUACGAUGUUAGCUGGGUUAUCAGGAGUCGCAGCUUACUUGGACGACAUCAUAAUCAAAGGGGCUACCUUCCGAGAGCUGACGGAAAGACUGGAAGCAGUUCUCCACCGCGUUAACGACUACGGUUUUCACUUGAAAGCAGAAAAGUGCAAUACCGGCAUGAAGUGUGUAAAGUAUCUUGGCUUCAUCAUCGACAAGGAUGGCCGUCGUCCGGAUCCUUCCAACAUAAGCGCCAUAAGACAGAUGCCUCCCCCUGACAAUGUGGCGAAGCUCAGAUCAUUCUUGGGGUUGAUCAGUCAUUACAGCUCUUUUGUGCCCGAAAUGCAUCGGCUACGAGGACCACUCAAUGAACUUCUGGUAAAGGAUCGCAAAUUUGUGUGGUCUCCUGAAUGUCAAGCCGCAUUUGAUAAUGUCAAGUCUAUAUUGUGUUCUGACCUAUCGCUAACGCAUUUCAAUCCGGAGCUGGAGAUCGUAGUUGCUGCUGAUGCGUCAGACUACGGAAUUGGAGCAGUCAUAUCCCACAUUUUCCCCAAUGGUUCGGAGAAAGCUGUGGCGCAUGCGGCCAGAUCACUCACCCCAGCGGAACGUAACUAUGGACAGAUCGAGAAAGAAGCUUUAGCCAUAGUGUUUGCAGUCAAGCGAUUUCACAAAAUGCUCUACGGACGAAAAUUCACGCUGUUUACUGACCACAAACCCUUGGUCGCAAUCUUUGGAUCAAAGAAAGGCAUUCCGGUCUGCACGGCCAGUCGUCUCCAACGCUGGGCAACUGUUCUACUUGGUUACGAUUUCGUCGUCAAAUAUCAAUCUACACACAACAUUGGUCAAGCAGAUGCGUUAUCUCGUUUAAUUGGUACACAGCAUCAAGAACCAGAGGAUUUGGUAGUUGCUCAAAUCUCCGUAGAACCCCAAGUACAGCAAGUUGUGUCUGAUAUUUUCGGUGCCUUACCAGUAACAUUCGAAAUGGUGCGGGAAGCGACCCAGCAUGAUUCUACCCUUCAACAAGUGAUUGAUUUCCACCUCAAUGGAUGGCCUAAGAGAGUUACAACGCCGGAGCUUCAACAAUUCCACCAACGGAAGGAAGCACUAUCGGUCGUCAGAAACUGCCUGCUGUUCUCAGAUCGCGUCGUCAUUCCACACAUCCUUCAAGAGAGAGUCCUCCGACAAUUUCAUACUGGCCACCCGGGAAUGAAUCGCAUGAAAUCGCUGGUACGAAGCUAUGUGUAUUGGCCCUAUAUGGAUUCCCAGAUCGAGAGUUUAACCAAGAAUUGUCCUCGAUGUGCUAGUGUAUCAAAACAACCAAGGAAGACGGAAUUGCAAUCCUGGCGAAUACCAACGGAACCAUGGUCAAGGGUACACAUCGACUUUGCAGGUCCAAUUGAUGGUCACCAUUUUCUCAUUGUUGUCGAUGCCCACAGUAAAUGGCCGGAGGUGAUUCCAAUGGUGAGAACCACAGCAGCAGCCACUGUCUCCGCUCUUCGACAGAUAUUUUCUCGUUUCGGUGUUCCCCACACGUUGGUUUCGGACAAUGGAACACAAUUUACCUCAUCUGAAUUUGUCGUCUUCUGUCGCAGAAACGCGAUCGUCCACGUAAGGUCUCCACCCUUCCACCCACAAUCGAACGGGCAAGCGGAACGAUUUGUGGAUACCCUCAAAAGAGCUUUGCUAAAGAUGAAGGGGAAGGUACCUUGGAGGAGAUUCUUGACACAUUUCUGCUGACGUAUCGCACAACUCCGAAUCCGCAGACACCGAACGCCCUAUCUCCGGCUGAAACUUUGUUUCAAAGGAAAAUCCGUGUGCCGCAUGAUGCCCUCAGGCCCAGGAAGGAUCAGUUGCUGUCCCGCAACUAUCAGAUGGAGCGACAAUUCAACAUCCGACACGGUGCUCGGAAGCGAAGCUUUAAUGUUGGUCAACAAGUUCUGGCGAGAGACUAUCGCAUCCACUAUCCUAAAUGGGCUAUGGGCCAUGCGCUAUACAAACGUGGUAACGUGAUCUACGGUAUCCAGGUUGGGACGGCAGUUUGGGUAAGACAUGCCAAUCAGCUGCUAGCGGCACGGACUGGGGAACAAGUGCAACAACAAGUACCAGCAACGCAGUUACCUCUGGACAUCCUGGCCGACGCCAGUGAAGCGACGACUCCCCCGCAUGCCCCAACACCGCAAGCACAAAAUUCACCCCGAAACCUAGCAGCACAGCGGCCGAAGCGGCGACGCAAAUUCGUAUCACCCAUGCAAGUCAACCCCAAGCUGAAAUCGUACAACACAACUCAAAGGGGGAAGUGUUAGGAAGGAAUACACGAGUCGAACAAGCCAGGACCCCAUCGCCUCGGCCGGCUAUCCAAACCCAUCCGCCCUGAUUGGGGCGAACAGAGAGCCAACCAGGAGAAGCGGCCAAUGAACGCUAGGUUGAAGUUCUUUUAUUGGCUGUGAAUUAACCUUUCCAGAGCUUUCCACGGUCGCUUUAAAUAUACUGUUCACGAACUUUCCAAUUUACCUUUAUAAUGAACGGUGUGAUUUGCUAAUUCAUUCCUGUUGCUCUGCUCGUC